AUGCUUAGUCUAUAUUUCAUACUAGGUACGGCCAUAGCGGUCUAUGUGGCUUUCCUCUUUCUUGUGAACCGAAUCCCCCACUUGAGAGUCAAGCUGCUUGGCUGGCUCUCAUUGAAGCAUGUCACUCUUGAAGUGAAGUCUACCAAUAUUUAUAUUCGCAAAGUACAAUUGCGAUUCAACUUCUUUGGCAAGAGAAAUAAAGACUCCGCGCUCAAAUUGUUCAACAUCGAGUUAGUCGACGUGGAUGUCAAACUGAUGAAGAAGGAAGACGAAACACCACGGAAGUCCAAUCCUGUUCCUCUUCCACGUAAACCACUAGAUCUUCCAUCAUUGCUUUCUUGUCACAUUCCGAAGAAGGUGUUCGAUAUGGUUGUUAAUACCAGAAUCAUAAACCAGUUCAAUAUCCAUAUUUUCCGGUGUAGUUACCAUGAUGAAGAUAUCCACGAACGUCUUUCGGUUUUUGUGGACUAUUUGAGACUUGAAAGUAGAUUUGAUACAGACGCCAGUGCCAAAUUCAUAGUAUCACUGUUCAACGGCUACUUAAAUGAUGCAGAUGCAAAAGACGAGAACCAGGUCAAGUUGUUCAGAAACUUUGAAUUUUUGAUCCAUUGCGAUACUGCAGCUCAUUGUGAUUUGGAAGACUCCAGCCACGUUAUCUUAGAUCUUAGUAAUCUCCGGGUUCUGUUAUCCAUCGGAAGAAUGUCUAUCCCAUUGGACACACUCAUUCAUCUGAUGAAAGAAAGGAACGAGAAAUCUGUUGAAGUAAAUAAGUCAAAGGGUACGAAAAAGAUCGCUUCCUUGACGCUGAAUUUGGAUCUCAUAAAUCAGGGUUUAGACUUUUUCCUGAGUCUUGAAGUGAAGUUGGAAGAAAUUAGUGUAGAAUACAAGAAGAUCAAAGUCAAUGCUGCAAACUUCGUUACUACAGUCACUAAAGAGCUUGGUGAGGAGAGAAUCGAGAAGCUUUUGAAGUUGGCAAUUUACUUGACUUCUAUAAAGCUUUUUCACAAAGAAUCUAAGAGUAUGGAAUUACCUUCUGGUACCUUGAAAGUCACUUCCAAUCCUAUUGAUCUUAUAAAAGUUGCUGAAUCGUUGGUGAACAACACCUACGAUGAAACCAGCUUUGUCAAUUUGGAUACAUCGUUGAUGUUGACAAAUCCAAUCUUUGAUAUAUACCACGAUCAGCUGGAAUACUUCCUAGGACGUGCAAAAACAAAGAAGCCUGUAUCCCCUUCUUCUGAUGUCGAUAACAAGAAGAUGUUGAAGUUGUUUCGGAAGUUGAAGGAAUUUUCCAACAGAAUCCUAAUUGUGGAUACUGUCAUCAAUUUGCAUCUUCCAAAUCCAAGUCAGGGUUUGUCAGAUAUAUUUAACAGAAAGGCAAAGGGAAACUUGGUGGCAACGUUUUCCUUACAGACAUUCUAUCACAAAUUUUAUACUAAGAACUUUAACACGUUGUUGACUAACAAGAGUAAGUCGAAGAGGUUCAGCAUUACGUUGCUCUUCAAGGUCAAAAACUUCCAAUUCCUAGCAGCAGACAAUUCCAUCACUUGGUCGAAGGUGAACUUGCUAGCAGUCUACAAUGUGCUUGACAACUGUAUGUCUUUAAAACUUUCUAGUAAGAAUACUAGAAUGAAAUCUGUGAACGAAGCUGUGUUUCACUUGGUGAGAGAGUUCAGAAAUAGACGGAUUAUUCACUAUAAUAUGAGAUACAAUGACUUGGCGAGGAAUUGUGAUGGGGUGGUUCAAAUACCUCAAUUGGAGGACGACAAUACCCAAAAAUACAUUGAUUUGUUUGAAGUGGUGCCAGACUUUAUUUCUACAAUCAAGGUAUCACUUUCCAAUGUUCAGGCAGAUGUUGUCUGUAAGGAUGGAUUACCCAGCCAUAUUAUCUAUGAUGAGUCUAUGAGAGAAGACAUCGAUUUAGGAGAGUUUAAGAGAGGAGUUUCGUUGAAAUUGACAGACUUGAACUUCACCUAUAAGAAGGCCAAGGAAGAUAUUGACAUGUCCAUCAAGUCUUUUCAGAUGUUCACUUUAAGUGACCAUGCUUCUGAAUACAUAGCUGAUUUUGACGAGGUGACUUACCAAGUGAACGACUCUGACCUUUCUGAUUUGUCGAGUCUCAAUACUACAUCCACUUCCAACGAAGAUACAGAUGAGGACGAUGACUACUCGAGAAAGAUCAAGAAGGUGUUGGCUAUCAGAGACAUCACACUUUCAAAUAAAGGCAGAGACGCUGACACUAGAGAUAUCAACCGGCUACACUUACAUAUUCCUGAAGUGGAUGGCCGUAUUGAUAUGUUCUUUGUUUGGUGUAGUAUAUAUGCCAAAACUUUGGUAAAGUACUUUGCUCCUACUGUUGAAAGAAAUUGUACCAAGGACGAAAUGAAGAGAUUGGGAGGUUCUCUGAAACGACUCAAGUUGGAUAUUACUGUUGACUCUACAGCAAUCGUCACCAGAUUGCCAACAGAUGUUGAUAUCAUGUUCGAGUUAGACAAAUUGAAGUUGAAGGAUGUUUUAAUAGAUAGAUCUGUUGAGCUUACCUAUGCCAGACUCUAUGUGGUUCAUCCGUCGACGAAGUUAUGGGCCAGGUUGCUUGUCAUCAAGGAGCCCUGUGUCAACAUUGACAUCUCUAAAGGUGUACAUGAGCCUAAGUUCGAAGUAUCAGCUAGUGCUGUCAGAUUGAAUAUUCCUCACCAGUUCUUGUUUUACACAGUUAUUGAUAACAUCUUGACAUUUGCCAAGGCAAUCAAGCAAUUGGACCACAAUUUCAAGAAUAUGAGCAUAGGUCUCGAUAAAUUCGACAGAAUUAUGCCAGAAGAGAAGCUGGCUCUCAAAUUCCCUCACGUUAAUAUCAAGACUCGUAUUUUUGGUUUGACGAUCGAAAACGAUCCGUUUGAGAAUGAAUUAGCCUACAUAUACGAGCUUGGUGUUAUUGAACAAAAGGAAAGAAUGAAGAAGUUGAAGUUGUUCGAGAAAAGAGCAGAGGAAUUGAGAAGUGUUGCCGUUCCAGAUCUUGAGGAGCAGAUUGAAGUAUCAGAUGCUCAACCAUUUCAGAAACCAAAGCUUUCUGUCAAUACCUCAGUUCCAAAAUUUGCCAGUCCAUUGAGUCGUUUUUUCUGUGAAUCGUGCCAUAAUCACCAUAGUCAUACCCAUGUUCAUGGUAUUCACUCAACGAAGUUCUUUAAGAAGAGGCAACCGACGUCUGAAGAUAUCGGAAUCGAAGAGGAAGUCACGCUUAUAAGUUCGACCAGAAGUGAAACUGAAGCUAAAAUCCAAUUGGCCAGAGAGAAUUUGGAAAAGGGCUUCGCAACUUCAUGGAUUCAAAAGUUCAGAUUAUUCAAGGAAGUCAAGAAUCGUGGCUGGCACCAAAAGUGUGCCAGAGCAUGGGGAGACGAUGUGAUUUGUGAGACUAUCAUAGAUAAGUUUGAUAUCUUGAACUACCAUUCUGGGCCACAUCUAUUCGGAGGAGUAUUCAGACAAUUGGACUUUACGUUGGAAGCAGCGAAGAUUGCAGAUGUAGAUCAGUUCUUGUACGAAUUUGGUAAGAAGCAACCGAAAUUGGAAUACUCUAUUCUUGUUCCACUAUUCUUCCGAAUCAAGAGUAAGUCUUUGUAUGUCUUCUUGCGGGACUAUCCCCUUCCUCUUAUUUCGUUCCCUGAAAACCAUGAUCAGACUCAUAACACAGUCAACCUCUAUGGUAACUUGGUGAUUAACGAGAAGUUGGUACAUCGAGAAGAAGAAAUGAGAUUCGUGUUCGUUCCAUUUUCGCCAUCAACUCGUCCCAACCAAAAUAGUGAUAACUUCUAUUCUGUUUUCAUUCCCAGAACUCUUACCCCAGUGAAGUUCGUUUUUGACCUUAAUUGUGACUUGGAUGCAGACAGAGCAUGUAUGCUUUCAUGGUGUAAGUCGUAUCUGCCGGCAAUGGGAGCUGCUUCUGCGGCAUUCGACAACUUCACCAAACCAAAAAUCGAUGAUAGUCCUAUUGGUUGGUGGGAUAAGGUCGCGUUAUUGGUUCACGGCAGGUUCCGGUUCAAUAUCGCCAACGAGUUGUGUCUUCACAUGAAGAGUUCGUCGAAUCCAUACGAACUUCAAGGUAAAGCAGCUGGUUUUGUUUUCUGUUGGAAGAACAACGUUAGCUUGAGAAUUAACGAUACAGAAGAUAGUAAGGAGUUGAUCGUCUUAGAAAGUGAUGACUUCUUGCUUGCAAUUCCAAACUACUCCUACCAAGAGAAGAAGUCGUGGAGUUUGUUUUAUGAUGAAGUAGAAGAGUAUAUUCCGGAUAUCGAUUCUGAAUCUAAGAAGUUCAGCAAGAGAGUUAUGAAACUUUCUUCGGCUGAGAAGGUCAGAUGGGUUCUUGGAAUGCUUUACGAGAGAAACAAGAUUGCUAGCAAUACUUUUUCAGACCACCAAGAGAGAGUAUCUACCUUUAAGCCACAUUACGAUGUUGUAGUCACAAAUCCAGCUUUUGACUGGCAUCCAGAUUCUUAUGAUGGUUAUAGGUCUGAUUAUAUCCAUAUGGCUAUCUCUGUCAUUUCGAAGUCUUCUGCUGGAAAUUGCUACAAUGCAGCUUAUUUGUCUCCUUUAACUUUCCAUUAUUUUUUCACUUGGUGGAGUAUGUUGAAAGAUGGUAUUUCAUUACCCGUUAGGCAGGGACCUUUGUUCAAGACACAACUGAUAGACCCUUCUCAUGUGAAGAUGGGAUCGCAUCUCUUCACUAUCAAGUACCAGUUGGUGUUCAAUCCGUUGACGAUUUCACAUACCUAUAUGCAUGCUUCUUCGGACGAAAGUCACUCUAACAAGAUUGCCUUCACCGGGCUUAAGGCUAAGUUUGCUGCUUGCUCGAUAGAUUUACAUCAACGUAAGGAGUAUGUGACAUAUGUUAAUGAGAAGUUGAACAUCCACAACAAAGUUCAACACUUGAAAAUGAACCAAGCUGAGAUUCAAGCUGAAGAAGCGGAUGUGAGAUUCUUAACAGCUAUAUUCAAAGAUACUUCGAUAAUGGGACAGUUGGAGUCGUAUCUUGACAAGAAAUCUGUCCUGAUUGAAAGUCCUACUACCAACUCCAGUAAAUUCAACGAGGCAACUUCAACAUUUAAAGGCUGGAUUGAUAAUGUUGAUGUCUUUGACAACGACUUUUCGUGGGUUGAUCCUGAUGAUUUUGUAGAAUUGGAAGUCAGGGAACCUCUUUCCCCUUAUCCCAAGAUCAAAAUUAUGCCGUUUUGCUUUACACCGAAGUUCUCUUAUGUUAGAGAAUUCAGUUUGCAAAAAGAUGGUGGCGAUUAUCCUUUUGGAAAUGAAGAAUCUCAUGAUUGUCUUAUGGGUAUUGAAAAGCCUGAAGAGACUCAAGGUAAGUUGCUACGAGAGAGAAGCAUAUUACUCAGGAAAGAGAUGAAAGAGAAUGAAGAGUUGCUUAAGAAGUUACAGAAUCAGAAUGGACUGGAAUUUGCAAAGGAUGCCAAACGAAUCGAGCUUGAUUUGCAGGUUCAAAAGGAAAAGUUGGACGUUGUGGAAGCAGUUUAUGAACGUUUUACGAAUAAAUCUCUUCUGAGAUCAUCUUCAAUCGGAGAACAAGAAUUACAAAAAGUUCAUUCUAGGGCCUUGUCAGUAUAUUCCAGUCAUACUGUUGAUGAAAUGAGAGAUGCCUACAUGAUGAAUCAGUCUGUCAGUGAAUUUCACAAUCGUUUCAUUGUCCACAACUUGCAAUUGAAAUGGGACAAUGGAUUAAGAGACUCGUUUAUGGAGUAUAUCCAGAGAGUUAGUGACAGAAAGAGUCUUGUAUACUUCAUGAGUAAGAAGGCUGUAGACUUAGUCUCGUCUGUUAUCAAUGAGCAGUGGGACCAGGAGGACUAUGUUGAUAUUCAAGAGACAAUGUUCAACAAGGAAUUCAAGAGGGGAGAGGAUGUUAUCAACGGAUUCAACGACGAGAUUGACGAAGUGAAUAACGACGCCCAUGAAGCAGAACACAAAUAUUUGAUCAAGCUUAUCCACCCACAGAUUCAAUUAAUUAGUGAAAAGAAUAUCGACUCCUGUGUUUUGAUUACGUCUACUGAUUUGGAAAUGAGAAUCAUUGGAGUUAACUUGAAGGGUCUGAAUUUAAUAAUUGGCGAAAGCAGUGAAGUUGCCAGUUUAGUAGAAACAAGAUAUGGAGUCCUUUUCAACGACUCUCACAUGUUUGUAUUUACCCGUGAAGACAGUAUGGUGACACAUCCACCUACCACCUAUGGGGCUGAGCCAGAUUCUACCAGUAUUAAUUGGCCCCCAUGGUUGGAAUGUGAGGUUUGCUAUGAUAGUUCUUGGGCAAGAAAUCAACUCAUAGCUGAGCGAAAUUCGAUGGCAUGCAUUUUCAAGAAGCUCAACCCUUUAUUCUCUGAACGGCAGGAUGUCACCCAGAGCAACGAGAUGAUUGUCCAGUUGGCAAAAAUUGUCGUAAAUGCAAACUCUGAACAGUACUCUGCUCUUUACUAUGUUGUCACUGACUUGUUAGUUCACAGCAAACCCAAGCAGGACAACAAGCUGAGUCGUUUAGAUAAGAUAGUAGAGUUGUCUGACAAUUCUGAUUUCCAGGGUCUUGAUCUCAGAGUAAAAGAAUUGCAAGAAAGUAUUCGAGAGUAUGCAAAAAUUGUGUUGAAGUUUGACGAGAAGGGUUCACUUUGGGGAACUACUCAAAGGGAGCAGAUUAAGUUGCUUGAACUUGAAUUAGAAAAACACAAGUUUGAACUCACAGUUCUUAUGAAGGGUUUAAGAAUGAGAUCUACAAAGUCGAAAUCGCACAAACAGCAUUCGAAGCAUUGGAACAUAUUGGCUGACCAGGUUAUUUGGCAUUUCUUGGACGACAAUAGGGAGCCAUUCGUGGACAUUGCUUUGGCCAGCUCCAGAUUUGCCAGGAUUGACUCGUUUGAUGGAUCUAACAAAAACAAGCUUGAGAUCACUAUGAUUCAAGGUUUCAAUUUGCAACAAAACGCAGUCUAUCCUGAACUUUUGAGACCAUUCUUGGAAGGAAAGGAUAUGGAUGCGCGAGAGAAUCAGGGACAUCAUACGACCUGCUCGAAGCAAGAGCCAAUUAUAUCUAUGGACUGGAAGAUGUUGGAACCGGUAGGAGGUAUCCCAAUCAUGAGACACGCUAAAUUAGCUGUGCAGCCUCUUAAAGUCGCUCUUGAUUAUGACACUGCCAAGAAGAUUUUUAGCUAUUUGUUCCCUAACGACGAUGAUAUCUUAACCGGCGAUAAUGACGACAACGAUGAAGAUGGUGAUGAAGAAGAUAUUGCCGAUACUGCUUCAGCAACUGUAAACCCACUAAAGAAUUUCAUCAACAAGCACAGAACAUCGAGUCGGUUCGGGUCGUCUUCAGAUCUUGUCAAUGACUCUGAUUCUCAGCGAAAUCUGCUUUUCAAUAUGAGAGACUCAGAGUCUUCAUCUAAACGAUCUUCUUUUGACGACUUGUCUUUGCUGUCUGAGACCAAGGAUAAGCCCAGGAAUCUGCAUAAAUGUAGAAUCAGAAAGCAGAAGAACGGCCAGGACGAAGAUGAGAUUGCUGUAAUCAUUGGUAGAUCCAUGAAGUACAUCUCAUUUGUCGAUAUAGAGGUGACGAAGUUCAAGUUAUUUGUGAGUUUCAAGCCUCCCAAACAUCUUAACAUUUUGGAUGUGCAUGAGUUGCUCUUGAACAUUCCUACAUUGAGCUACAAGAACAAGGUGUGGUCAGGAGAGGACUUUAUCUUGAGAUUGAGAAAAGACAUUAUUAAGAUCAUCUUGAACCAUACCGGUAAGAUUUUGGGUAACAAGUUCAAGCAAAGAAAGAGGAAGACAGUGGCUGAACCACUCAAGCAGAUUUCGGACUACGCUUCAUUUAUGACUAUAAAGGAUCUUCAA